CAGCGCGCAGCCUUUAAAAGCCACGGAGCAUGGCGAGCAGCGAGCGUUCCCAGCCGCCGCAUCCCGGUGAUCGGUCACUGAUAGCGGACCUCAGCACUUACAUCACCUGCGGCUGCAUUACCGUUACAAGCAUCCCCGCGUCAGACACACCGUGAGCGGCACAAACACCCCCCAGAGCUCACUCCACGCACACGGUCCGUGCCCGGCGGGAGGCGGAUGAGUGUCGCUGCGUGAUCCGGAGAGCUGGGAUCCGCUCCUCUGUUCCCAUGCGUCUGCCGAACAUGUCCGGUAACUUCCUGCUCGCGCCCAUCCCGGAGACCGCGGACUACUUCACCGUCAGAGAUAUUAAAAUAGCCGUGUUCGGGGCAAGCGGCGUGGGGAAAACCGCAAUGAUUGUCCGUUUCCUUACAAAGCGAUUCAUCGGCGACUACGAAGCCAAUACCGGAAACCUUUACUCCAGACUGGUAGUCAUUGAAGGAGAACAGACAUCUCUGCAGAUCCAAGACACACCUGGCUGCAUGAAGGUGGAAGAAGAUCUGCUACCGGCUGCAGACACGUUAAGGUGUGUUCAGUGGGCUGAAGGCUUCCUCCUUGUGUACUCCAUCACAGACCACAAGAGCUACGAAUACGUUCGUCAUCUUCACCAGCACAUCCGGAAAGUGCAUUCAGACUCUAAGAUUCCAAUCGUUAUAGUAGCCAACAAAGGAGACCUUCUCCACGUGCGGCAGGUUCCAUCAGACUCUGGAAUACAGCUGGCCAAUGAACUGGGCUGCUCUUUUGUGGAAAUCUCGACCAGCGAGAGCUGUCAGGACGUUUGUGAGACGUUCCAUCAUCUGUGUAAGGAGAUCAGUAAAGUACAAUCUGCAAGCACCGGAGAAAGGAGAAGAGGCUCUAUUAUCCCUCGACCAAAGUCGCCCAACAUGCAAGAUUUAAAGAGACGGUUCAAACAGGCUUUAUCUCCAAAAGUCAAAGCUUCCUCAACGGUGGCCUAGAAGUCAUACAAUGACAGAGCAGACUCAAUAUUUUGUUUACUAGAGUAAUUUAUUUUUUUUAUGGACGUUGGCACUUGUGAGCGGGUGGGUUUCUACUAACGUUGAAUUUUAUUUGACCUUCUUUGUCAAAAUAAUCCAUUUUAAACGUUGUUUUUGUACUUAUGCAUUUGCACUUUCCAGCAAACCAGCUGUAGAGGAAUGUGGUACG